AUGGCUCGCAACAACCCUUUUCUUAACAAACUCAGGAGUAUGGUCGAUGACCCCAAAACCAAUGAGCUGAUUAGGUGGUCGGAUGAUGGCGAAUCUUUCUUGGUGCCCAACCAAAAUCGCUUCGAGGAUGAAGUCCUACCGCGGUAUUUUAAGCACAAUCGCUUUCCGAGCUUUGUCCGGCAACUCAACAUGUACGGAUUCCACAAGGUGCCCCAUCUUCAACAGGGUGCUCUCAAGCACGAUUCACCGCAGGUCGCAGAGCUGUGGGAGUUUCGCAACGACCACUUUCACCGCGAUAAGCCAGAGCUGUUGACGCUCAUGAGCCGUAAAAAGGCU